CAGGCAAUGAGGGAGAGAGAGAAAAGCAGGGAGUAGGAAAGAGAGAGAGCGUGAGCGAGGGAGUGAGGCAGGAGCUCAGAGCCAAAGCAGAUGUUUAUCUCCUUCAAGCAAAAGCAAAAGAGGAGAGAUGAGCACAGCAGGGAAUAGCUCAGUGUCCAUCCCUCCGCUGGGCUCCAUGCAGACCCUUCUUCCCUCCCCAAGCCCCAGCCUGGCCCCUGCCCCCCUACCCAGCCCUGCCCUGCCCAUCCUUCUGGCUGUGCUGUGCAUCAUCCUGCUCUUCGCCACCUGCGCUCUCUUCCUAGCGUUCUGCAAGCCUGCCUCUCUGGAGGAGGCUCGCUACGGGCCGCGGGAGUGCAUGCCGUACCACUCCGCUGACGCCAGCGAGCCGCAGCUACGGCUCUGGAAGAGGCUGGGGUCCCUCCGGAGCUCCCUCUCCUCUUUCCGCCGCACCCGGCCCCUGUCCCUGGCACAGCGCCCCCUGCAGCCCUGGACUCGACAACACGCCCAGCAGCAGCUCAGCCCGCGGUGUGCAGAACAGCAGCUCCAGAUCAUUGAGUCUACGAAGAUGUGACCACUGACCAGCACCCAGCAUUACUGGGAAUGCUAGCACAUAAGAAAAAACAAACUAAAGAAAAUGCACAAAUGAGAGAAGUCUGUUCGAAGCAUCUAAGCUCAUCUGGUUCCCAGUAGCUGAUUGAUCUCAAACGUUUGUCAAGCGGGGUCUUAAAGGAUCCCAGUGAUUCAACAUCAACAACAUCUCUAGGUAACCCAUUCCAUACCCUCACCGCUCUCUGUGUGAAGAAGUGUCUCCUGCCCUCUGUUCUAAGUCUAUCUCCACUUAAUUUCCAACUGUUGGUGUAGCGAACUGUUCUGGGACACGGUUCAAAAUUAACAGCAUAGUGAAGUGUAUGAGAGUGAGCAGGCACCUCAGGAUGUGGAUUAUUUUCUCCAAUUCAAUAACUGGAGCAGUGAUAUAUUCUAAAGCUGUAUACAGAAGACACAGUGCAAAAUGAUUGUUCCUGCUAACAGUAAGAUUGCUUAUGUUUAUUUCACAAGCAGCAAACAGGUGAAAAUGAUACCCCCCCCCCCCCCCCCCCCCCAUAUUUCUAUAAAGGCUGACUGACAGGAGUGUGCUUUGCAUUGUUGCUUGUUAUGGUUUAAAUCCUUGGUUCGGUACAGUAAACAUGCCCUACAGCUAGUGGUCUUUGCUUAGUCCUGGAAUUUACUGCUGCAAACAACCUGCAGUACUAAAAAGAAAACAGCCCAUUGUUAUAAAAGAAGAUGAGCCAUUACUUUUAAAACACUCCAUCAUAAGAUAUGCAGUGGUACUAAAAAUACUCUUUUAGACCGUUUAGAUGGACACUGUCAUCAAAACGUCAAACUGAGUUUUAUUUUAUUAUGACUAUUCAAAUCCUUUAUCAUAUCUUUGGUAAAUCUGAAUUUCCCAAAUCACUUGCGCAUUUCCACAAUGACUUUUGAUGGCACAACAAUGGUGAUUGAUAACAGCAAGUUAUGCAUCGACACAGAGAAUGGGCUUCUGCUGCAUGGAUUGUGACGGCAGCUCUGACUCAAACAUCCCAAAUGAAACCGAGUGAAUGAAGACUGUUUAAAAAUGCGUUCUUGUCUUUUGACUUAUUUUUGCACUUCCUUUUUUUCUCUUCACUGCUUCACUCUAGCUUGUUAUUGGAAGACAUUAUUUUGUAACCUUUUUAAUUAAUUUUUUUAAUAAAAUUGUUUUUAGGUG